GAGGGGAGUGGCCAGGUUGAGAGGAUGUUGUUAAGCAAAGAGGCAUGUUGGGAAACGAAAAGCAGUUAAAACUCAUGCUGGCCAAGUGGGUGAAAGAUUUUUCUUUUGCCGCGUUGAGCAUUCAUCUGUUUGUGACGUCCGAUAGAUAUCAUGUGAUGCUUCCUCAGCAAAUGUUCACGGCAUCAACGCGGCAGGUCUUUCAAGUGCCUAUGUUCACUUCAAACCAGGAGGCUACAUUGUGUUGUUCGCGGUGUGCGUGUCGCUUCGUUCAGUUCCCGGUUUGCACCUUGCAUUCCUGGAUUACAAUACAGAAUGGCCAAGGGUGUAGAUGCCUGGACUGCAGGUGCGGCAAUUGUCCGUCGACACUUUGUGUUCCUUUUAAACCUGGAGGAUGCUGUUUUGCUUGCAACAGGCAUGCCAGUUCGGCCAGUUUACGAGCAUCCUCACUGUCAUGCUAGGACUUCCCUGCAUGUACCUGACCGCAAAUGUGGACAGCUUCGGACGUGUCCCUGGAGGAUGCUGUGUUGCUUGCAACAGGCAUGUCAGUUCGGCCAGCUUAGGAGCAUCCUCACUGUCAUGCUAGGACUUCCCUGCAUGUACCUGACUGCAAAUAUGGACAGCUUCGGACGUGUCUGACUUGAAAAGUCCUGGUGUGAGUAUGCCCUUAGCUCCGCACUUUCACUUGCGGAGAUUGCAGCAGAAUGCCCAGCUGAGCAACAUGAGAGAAAGUUGGUGGAAUGGUGGACAAGUCUGCCAGAGGAUGGCUUGUAUUGGCAAUCUAUCUGGUUGUCUCAAUCGUCUGCAUGGAGAACGAGUUGUGUGCCAGUGCAGGUCGUUGCGAGCUCAAUGUGCAGCUCAACAGGAGACGAUGGUUAGCUGCUUUCGUGAGAGGAUGGUUUAUUUUGGCGAUGUCAUUGGCUAGCUGGUUGUCUGCACGGCGAACGAGCUGAGCGCUAGUAGAGGCGGUUGUGACAUGAAUCUGCAGCUCAGAGGCGGUUGCGACAUGAAUCUGCAGCUCAACAGGUGAAGAUGGCUAGCUUCUUCCGUGAGAGGGUGGUUUGUAUAGGCGAUCUUAUUGGCUAGCUGCUUGUCUGCACGGAGGACGAGCUGAGAGCUAGCAGUGGCGGUUGCGACACGGAUCUGGAGCUCAACAGGAGAAGAUAGCCACUUGCGUCUGCGAGAGGACGGGUUUGUGUUGGCAAUCUCAUUGGCUAGCUUCUUGUCUGCACAGAGAACGCGCUAAGCGCUAGAAGAGGCGGUUGUGAUGUGAAUCUCCAGCUCAACAGGAGGAGGUGGCUAGCUGCAUCUGUGAGAGGACGGUUUGUAUCGGCGAUCUCAUUGGCUAGCUCCUUACGUAGUUGCGACAUGAAUCUGCAGCUCAACAGGAGAAGGUGGCUACCUGCUUCUGUGAGAGGACAGUCUGUAUUGGGGCUCAUUGGGUAGCUGCAAGGAGGACGAGCUGCACGCUAGUAGAGGUGGUUGUGAUGUGAAACUGCAGCUCAACAGGAGAAGAGGGCUUGCUGCUUCUUGAGUUGAGGGUUUGUGCUGCCGAUCUCGUUGGGUAGCUGCUUGUGUGCACGGAGAACAAGCUUCGGGCUCCUCCUCCUCUGGGAGAAGGGGGGAUAGACGGUUUGCGAGAUGAAUCUGCAGCUCAACAGUAGAGGAUGGCUUGCUGCUUCUGUGAGUUGCUUGGAUAGACGGUUGCGACAUGGAUGUGCAGCUCAACAUGAGAAACUGGCGAGCUACUGCUGUGCACAACCAAGAACAGGUUGCGUGCCAGGAGCAUCUGCCGCACAACACAGAACAUGGCUUCGCUGGAAACUUAAAGAAUAUCCAAUGGGGGCUGUUUGUAUUUAGUUCACCCCUGAUUGUACUGAGGGGGAUGGUGUAUAGCAGACAGACAGGCAGAGAGGACGAGACAGAUCAUAAUCUGGGACACGCGUUGGACGGGCAAGGGAAGAUGGCUUAUAUUGAGCAUCAGAAGGAUGAGAACGCCCAUUGCUGGCAGUAAUGGUAUAGAAAGCUCCUUCAAGCGGAAUGUGGAUGGUGCUACAUGCUGUCGUGUAUGGCGACGGCUGAGGAACUACUUACGCUGUCAGUGAGUGCUUCGCUCUCUCAGUUUGCUUCCCAGUACCUCUCCAAAUUUCCUCAUUUUCUUGUGUAGCUCAGACGUUAGUAGUUAUUGUUUUGAAGGAUUCAUCUUCAGUUAGUGUAAUUUUCCUAGUCAUAGCAUAGUGUUCUGUAACUGGUCCUGGAAUGUAUGUAAGGAACUGGUCUUGACUUAUUGCAUAACCGACCCGAGGAUGGAUUCUCGACGAUCCUGAACUGAUGGGCAAGGUAAUGAUCGUGACUGGUCGCGGAACAGUUAGAGGAACCGAUCUUGACUGACUGUAGAAACAACCAUGGAGCGAACUCGGACUUAUGCACCCACUCAUGUUGGGAAUGAUCCUGACCGGUCGUGGAACUGAUCCUGGAACUGGCCCUGGAACUGGUCCUGGAACUUGUCUUGCAACAGGUCCUGGAACGGGUCCUGGAAUGGGUCCUGGAACUCAUCUUGAGGGAAAGGAUCCUGACUGGUCCUGGAACUGCCCCUGGAACUGCCCCUGAAACCGGUCCUGGAACUGGUCUUGGAACUAGUCUUGGAACAGGUGCUGGAACAGGUCUGGAACUCAUGUUGAGGAAAACGAUCCUGACUGGUCCUGGAACUGCCCCAGGAACUGGUCUUGGAACUGGUCCUGGAAUGGGUCCUGGAAUGGGUCCUGGAACUCAUCUUGAGGGAAAGGAUCCUGACUGGUCCUGGAACUGCCCCUGGAACCGGUCCUGGAACUGGUCCUAGAACUAGUCCUGGAACAGGUCCUGGAACAGGUCUGGAACUCAUGUUGAGGGAAACAAUCCUGACUGGUCCUGGAACGUGGGUCUGGGAACUGGUCUUGGAACUGGUCCUGGAACGGGUCCUGGAAGAGGUCUGGAACUCGUGUUGAGGGAAACGAUCCUGACUGGUCCUGGAACUGCCCCUGGUCUUGGAAUUGGUCCUGGAACAGCAAACGAGUCCUGGAACGGGUCCUGGAAGAGGUCUAGAACUCAUGUUGAGGGAAACGAUCCUGACUGGUCCUGGAACGCGGGUCUGGGAACUCGUGAUGAGGGAAACGGUCCAAACUGGUUCUGGAACUGGUUGUGGAACGGAUUGGGGAACUCGUGUCGAGGGAAAUGAUCCGGACUGGUCCUGAUACUGUUCCUGGAAUGGGUCUGGGAACCAAUCCGUAGUCAUUGAGGAACGCGUCGUGAAGAGUACAUCAAGCACCUGGUGGUGAACAAGGUCAACGCGGGAAGUGCAUUCUUGUUGCAUUGCUGGACCAGUGCAGAGGUUGAGGGCUCAAAUCCCUUUUCGGGGCAGAACUUGUUUACUUCAGAUGUGUAGGUCGCUGGUCUGGGUGACAUAGAAUGCUGUGCACUUUAUUCUCCGCACACCAGGUGAAAUCGGCACACUCGUAUCUCUUACCUUGAAAUUGCCACAAGCGUUUCCAUUCAGAGAUUAAUAGGUAGUCGUAUUCCUGCUGUUCGCUCAGCCUGCGACGGUAGGAAGGCAUUCAUUAUCAGUGGCACAAAGUUAUUGGGCUUUCGAUGGC